AUGGUGGCAUACAUACAGAAGAAUGAGAAAAAAUGUUUGAAGGUUUUGAUUUCUGGAUUGAACUCCAAUUACGAGGUGGUUGCUCUCCAGUGUUUGGUGAACUUAUCCGCACACAUCCCCAAAGAACUAAUAAAAAGGAACAUCAUCGAAAUUGUGUUCGACAUACUGAGGGACGAAGAGGAGACCGAGGCGAAGAGCCACACGGAGCUGUACAUCAUGCUGGUGGCAAACCUCUCCAGGGAAAAGGAAGGAAUAUAUAAAAUUCUGGACCUUCCGGGGGAGAAGGUAAAAGAGCAGGAACAGGAGGAGAUGAAGGAAGAGUUAGCUGUGAGUUACUACCUGAACAAAUUAUUGCACCUUUUCUCCAAGCCUAUCGUUCCAUCCUCCAUUAACAAACAGAUAACGGACAAGUACUUUUUUAUUUCUCAUGCAUUAAUUAACGUAUCUUCCGUAAAGGAGUGUGUCCAUUUCUUCAAAAGCGUUUUUCUCUUGAAUAUGUUGAGCAAUCAGAUGUUUCAAGAGGAAAGAUGUGCAGCUGUGCUACAGUGCGUAAUAAAUCUCUGCGUCAGUGAACUUCUUCAUCCGUACGUAUUUCAUGAAGAUUGCACUCUAAUACCUCGUGUCCUUUCCCUUGUGUACACACGUCAAAAGGGUAGCGAAGAUAAUUUUUCAAAACUAUCCUCCGUCCAAACUAGCCAAAAAGAGACAAACAAAGAUCCAGUACAUCAUCUUAUUCUGAAUAUGUCAACAACCCUCACCACCUCCACGGAUAUAAAAAACAGAGUGAUGAUUCUUCUGCGCAAUUUAUUCACGCGCGAUCAGGCCAGGCAGAAGCUCCGCAACUACGGAAUAGAACACGUCCUGACCAACUGGCUGACUUACGAGAAGAACACGGAGAUCACAUCUGACAUCAGCCACCUGGUCGACAUGUACACAGAGAUAACUCCUGGCUGCAUUUACAUCGGGUGA